AAAAAUAAAAGAUCGAUGGAAACAGCCUCGGAGGAGGGUCAGCAGGAGCAAACAGACGGAACCCCCAGGUGCAGCCCGGCGCUGGGCUGUCUUUCCCGGGCUCAGACCUUCGCCAUCUGUCCUCGGAGCCCUCCAGCCCAGGGGCCUCCCCGUCCGCCACGCCCCUCGCGGUUACGGGGAGCCCAGGUGCCGAGCAGCGCUCACACCCCCGCCCCCCAGGGUGAAGAGAGACUCCAGAUCGUGGUGGGGAGGGGAGCGGACAGCCACCCCCUCCUGGACAUGGGCGCUCCUGAGACGCAGACGGACUACGUGCUGGUGGCCGACUGCCGCACCCAGCGGGACCCCGGGCAGGUCCUCCGGCAGCGGCAGUUCCUCAGGCACCUGCAGGCCAAGGGCUUCCAGUACAAGGUGAAGAAGGACCGGGAGAAGGUGUUCUUCGGCAUCCGAGCGGACAGCAGGAUCUUCGGCCAGUACCGCACGCUCCUCAUGGAGCCCGAGGGCCCGGCCCCCAGACCGCAGGCCGCCCAGCCGCUGCUCAUGCGGGACACCACCAGAAUCCGGAUCGUCAGCUUCAUCCUGAACCGCAGCACGGCAGCGGGCGACACAUUCGAGGACCUGGUGAAGGACCGGGUGUUUGAGACCCAGUUUCCACUGCACAAGCGGGAGGAGCACCUCCAGAGGAAGUGGGCGCGCUGGAGGAACAUGUUCCGUGAGCAGCCCAUCGACGACAUCAGGAACUACUUUGGCGAGAAGGUGGCCCUGUACUUCGCCUGGCUGGGCUGGUACACCUACAUGCUGGUGCCGGCUGCCCUGGUGGGCCUCAUCGUGUUCCUGAGCGGCUUCUCGCUCUUCAAUGCCAGCCAGAUCAGCAAGGAGAUCUGUGAGGCCCACGACAUCUUCAUGUGCCCGCGGGGCGACCACCGCCGGCAGUACCAGCGCCUCUCAGACACCUGCACCUUCGCCAAGCUCACCCAUCUCUUCGACAACGAGGGCACCGUCAUCUUCGCCAUCUUCAUGGCCCUGUGGGCCACGGUGUUCCUGGAGUUCUGGAAGCGGCAGCGGGCGCGUGUGGUGCUGCACUGGCACCUGUACGGGUGGGACGAGGACCAGGAGGAGGUGGCGCUGGAGCUCAUUAACUGCCCGGACUACAAGCUGCAGCGGCACCAGCACUCCUACCUGAAGAGCACCAUCAUCCUGGCCCUGUCCCUGCUCAUGAUCGGCCUCAUGAUCGGCAUGGCGCACGUGCUGGUGGUGUACCGCGUGGCGGCCGCCGCCGUCUUCAGCAGCUCCGCCCUGCCCUUCCUGGAGGAGCAGGUGACCACGGCCGUGGUGGUGUCCGGGGCCCUGGUGCACUACGUGACCAUUCUCGUCAUGACCAAGGUCAACAAGUACGUGGCGCUGAAGCUCUGUGACUACGAGAAGUCCAGGACCUUCUCGGAGCGCGAGAGCAAGUUCACGGUGAAGUUCUUCACGCUGCAGUUCUUCGCCCACUUCUCCUCCCUCGUCUACAUCGCCUUCAUCCUGGGCCGGAUCAACGGUCACCCCGGGAACUCCGUGCGCCUGGCCGGCUUGUGGAAGCUGGAGGAGUGCCACCUCAGCGGCUGCAUGAUGGACCUGUUCGUGCAGAUGGCCAUCAUCAUGGGUCUGAAGCAGACGCUCAGCAACUGCAUAGAGUACCUGACCCCGUGGCUGGCCCACAAGUGCCGCUCCCUGCGGGGCAGCGAGGCCCGGGACCCCGAGCUGAGGGACUGGCAGCGCAACUACCGCCUGAACCGCGUGCACACCUUCAGCCUGUUCGACGAGUUCAUGGAGAUGAUGAUCCAGUACGGCUUCACCACCAUCUUCGUGGCCGCCUUCCCGCUGGCCCCGCUGCUGGCCCUCUUCAGCAACCUGGUGGAGAUCCGCCUGGACGCCAUCAAGAUGGUGCGGCUGCGGAGGCGCCUGGUGCCUCGCAAGGCCAAGGACAUCGGGACCUGGCUGCAGGUGCUGGAGACCAUCGGCGUGCUGGCGGUCAUCGUCAACGGGAUGGUCAUCGCCUUCACGUCCGAGUUCAUCCCCAGGGUGGUGUACAAGUACCGCUACGGCCCCUGCCGGCAUGGCAACCGCUCCUCGGCAGACUGCCUCACCGGCUACAUCAACCACAGCCUGUCCGUGUUCCACACCGAGCACUUCCGGGACCCCGGCCGGAUAAAGGGCCCCGAGAACAUCAGCAUCACCGAAUGCAGGUACCGGGAUUACCGCAAUGCGGAGGACUACAACUUCUCGGAGCAGUUCUGGAUCCUCCUGGCCGUCCGCCUGGCCUUCCUGAUCCUGUUCGAGCACGUGGCGCUGUGCAUCAAGCUCGUGGCCGCCUGGUUCGUGCCGGACGUGCCGCAGUCGGUGAAGAACAAGGUGCUGGAGGACAAGUAUGAUGAGCUGCGGGACCGGAUGUGGUGCGGGGGGCCCCGGUGGGCGGCCACCCCCGCCUCCAGCUCCAGCCUCAGGAGCACGGACGUGUGAGGGCCAGGCCUCCCUCCGCCACCGCCGCCUCCCUGCUCACGGCAUGCGCGCGCACAUGUGUGUGUGUGUGUGUGUGUGAGAAGGCUCACAUGCAUGUGAGGGGUCCUGGGAAGCCUGUGUACACAAGGAGUCCUGGGAGGCCUGUGCACAUGAGGGGCCGGGGGGGGGCUGUGUAUGAGGGGGCCGGGGGGGGGCUGUGUAUGGAGGAGUCCGGGGGGCACUAGGGCAUCAGUGGGCAGCACCCUCGUCUGCUCCAUCUGUUGGGGCUCAGGCUUGCACUCUGGGUGAGCCCUGCCCCCACCCCGAGGGGCGCUUUUUAUGGGGUCCCAGCACAGGAAGAGCAGCGCGCUGGCCCCCUCCGGCUUCUGCCCCCGC